UCUUACUUUCCUGUUUGUUUGUCAAGAAAAUUUCUUUCCCUUUCCUAUUCUUCCUUGGACCAACAUUUCUUAGCACAGAGGGAGAUAUGGAAACCCACUUCUUCCUGCUGUGCAUUACCCUCUUGUUCUUCUUCUUCCUCCGAUGGUUUCUCCGCAAAUCUCACACCAAAAAGCUUCCACCAGGCCCAACUGGCCUCCCAAUCAUUGGCAAUCUCCUCCAACUAGGCCCCAGCCCCCAUGAGACCCUCUCCGCCAUGGCCAAGAUCUACGGGCCCCUCAUGUCCCUCCGCCUUGGCUCCAUCACCACCGUCGUCGCCUCCUCCCCGGACGCCGCCAAAGAAAUCCUCCAAACCCAUGACAAAACUUUCGCCAACCGCCCCAUCCCUGAUUCCGUUGCUGCCCAACCCCAUCCCGAAGACACCCUCGCCUGGGUCCCCGGAGACCACCGGUGGCGCAACCGCAGGCGCGUAUGCACCACCCAAAUGUUCACGGCCCAGCGCCUCGACUUCCUCCAACACCUCCGCCAUCGGAAAGUCCACCAGCUGCUGGCGCACUUACAAAAGCACUGCGACGCCGGCACGGCAGUCGACGUAGGCUCGCUCGCCUUCGCCACCACGUUGAAUCUAAUGUCGAACACGAUCUUCUCCGUCGACUUAGUCGACCCGGAGUUCGCGACGGCUCAGGAGUUCAAGGAGCUGGUCUGGAGGAUCAUGGAGGACGCCGGGAAGGCGAACGUUUCGGACUACUUUCCAGUGGUAAGGAGGUUUGAUUUGCAGGGAGUGAGGCGGCAUGUAGAGGUUUCGUACCUGAGGCUGCAUGAGAUAUUCGAUGAGAUCAUAGCGGAGCGAUUGAAAGUAAGAACGGCGUCGGAUGAGAGCAAGAGGCAUGGUGAUUUCUUGGACGUACUUCUUGAUCGGUGCCAAGAAGAUGCCUCCGACUUCACUGUUGAAAAUAUCAAACCAUUGAUUCUGGAUUUGUUUAUAGCCGGAAGUGAUACAUCCGGAUCAACUACAGAGUGGGCAAUGGCGGAGCUCCUCCACAACCCUGAAACACUGCAAAAGGCGAGAAAUGAACUUCUUCAAGUGAUUGGCCCACAAGGGGAGAUCAAAGAAUCAGACAUUGAUCGACUUUCAUAUAUCCAUGCAAUCGUGAAGGAGACCUUGCGCCUUCACCCGCCAGUGCCGCUUCUCUUGCCUUACAUAGCAGCAAACGACGCACAAGUUUGCGGUUACACCAUUUUCAAAGAAAACCAAGUUCUCAUAAAUGCAUGGUCUAUCAGCAGAGAUCCGCAGUACUGGGCUGAUCCGCUGUCGUUUAAGCCUGAACGAUUCCUGGGAUCCAAUGUCGUCGAUUUCAAAGGCCGGGAUUUCGAGUAUAUACCAUUUGGAGCUGGCCGGAGGAUUUGCCCCGGCUUGCCGCUGGCUCAUAGAAUGGUUAACUUGAUGCUGGCUUCCGUUUUACAUGCCUUCAACUGGAAGCUUCCCAUGGGAAUCACCCCAGAGAAGCUUGACAUGUCUGAGCAAUAUGGAAUCACGUUGAAGAAGGCAGUUUCUCUAUGUGCCAUUCCCUACAUAGAAGAAAAAAAAUAAAAAAUGUUUUAAAGGGGUAUGACCGUAAUAUAAGCAGUUUUGCAAUCAUAACUUCCAAGUUUAAAAAUUUGCAGUAGUGUCGUGUAUAUAUAUAUAUAUAUAUAUAAAAAUAUGUUGGACUCGGAACAGGAUUCUCUCUAUUUUAUUUGAACUAAUUAUAAUAUCUAGUUAGUUAUAUAGGAGGGUACUUUUGUCUUUUCAAUUUUUUGAGGGAAUAAAAAUAUCUCUCUACUAUAACUAACUGAAUAUUCUCCGGUUCAAAUGAAAUUGAGAGGAUCCUAAUUCCUUGUACUCACCCUCGACUUGGUAGUGGGUCACUAGAACUUUCAAUUUGUUUUUUUUUUUGUUUUUUUUUUUAAAAAAAAAUGAUGAAAUUAAAAGGGGCUGAAAUAUGAAAUAUCGACAUUGCAAAAUUUUAAACUUUAGGGCUACGAUUGCAAAAUCGCUUAUAUUUCGGUGGGUGUAAGUGAAGUUUCUCCUAUAAUCUCUUUGAAGUUUAAUAAUGUGUUUAUCAUUUUCCUUUUAUCUCUUUGGUGAACCGGUUAGGGUUUGUACGCAUCGUUGUUCCACUUUGUUACUUUUGUUGUAAAUAUUGGUGAGACAUUACUUUUCUUAGUAUAUAUCUUCCUCAAAGGUAUCCUUUGUGUGCGCCUAUAAAAGAGAUAUGGACACCUUAAACAUUGUACUAUUAUCUUGAUAAGUAGAUAAAAGCUUGUGUGCUUAAUGAUGCU